UUGUGCUCGGAGAAGAAGGUCGGCCAUUUUAAGUCAGUGUUCAUUUGACGUCGCUCCAGUAGGACGGACAGAACCUGGACUCAAUUCAUGUCAUGGAGAAUUACUUCUUAUGAACUGAACCUCUUCCUAAAAACCAAACAAGCAGUAGAUCCUAGUGAAGUGACGCAUAAGCCAGCAGGUUCCAGUGUCGAGUAGUAAUUUUUGCACCUCAAUGUAGGUAGAGGAAAUGGCUGUGGAAAGCAUGACUGUCCAUCCAAACUCCCCAACUACCAACCACGAAUACAACACUGACGAAAGGCCAGAGGAUGGAGAGCUGGAGGAGGGUGAGCUAGAAGAUGAUGGAGGUGAGAUGGAGGUAAAAGAGGAGGGUACAUGUGCUGCAGAAGCAGGGGUCGGUGGAGAUGGUGGUGAUGAAGCAGUAGAAGGUGAAGCAGGAGGAGAUGGACCGGGAGAGAAACCUCAGAGAGGGAAGGACCGCCAUGCCAGCAGUGAGUCAGAUGAUGAGAGGUCUCACCGUCGAAAGCGUAAAAGAAAGAAAGAGAGAGAGCGUGAAAGAGAGAAGAGGCGGGCCAAGAAGAAACGCAAAUCCAAACACAAGCGUCAUGCAUCCUCUGACGAUGAUCACUCAGACUACAGUGAUGAUUCAGACUACAGUCCCAGUGAAAAGAGGAAGUAUAGGGAUUACAGUCCUCAGUACCCACCUGCCUCUCACGGUGGUUACUGUGGCUCAAAGAAGAGCAGCUACAUGAAGCUGGACAAACACAGCUAUGGAGGCUAUGAUGACUAUGACGAUGACAAUUAUGAGGGAGAAGAGGAUGAGGACAUGGGAGAUGAAGACUAUGAUGACUUCACCAAGGAGCUCAACCAAUACCGCAAGGCCAAAGAAGGUGGUCGCAGUGGCCGAGGAGGCAAAUAUCGCUUGAAAAACCAGAGGGGCCGCGGCAUGAUGAGGGGAGGGAGGAGAGGAAGAGGAGGGCGAGGAAGAGGAGGGCGAGGAGGAAGGAUGGGAGAAAACGAUGAUGAUGGCGGCUAUGGAGAUGACAUGGAGUAUGGUGACGAUGAUUUUGACAACAUGGGAGAUGAAGAUUGUGACGACUACUCAAAAGAAUUCGGUCAGUACAAGAAAUCCAAAGACCGGGACAGAGGCAGAGGGUGUAAAUAUAGCCGUGGGCGAGGCAGAGGUAAAGGAGGGCGGGGUUUGCUUAGAGGAGGAAAGCUCCGAAACCGAGGGAGAGGAAGAGGUGACAUGGGAAAUGACGACAAUGGAGAACUUGACAAUGGGGAUGGAUGUGGUGGUGAUGGAGGACUGGGAAUGGGGAGAAGGAAUCAGAAUGACAAGCACCAGGAUAAGAAAGGAAAGGCCAUCUGCAAGUACUAUAUUGAAGGCCGAUGCACUUGGGGGGACCACUGCAACUUCAGCCAUGACAUUGAGCUGCCCAAAAAGAAGGAGCUUUGCAAGUUCUACAUCACUGGCUUCUGUGCCCGAGCAGACCACUGUCCCUACAUGCAUGGUGAAUUCCCUUGUAAGUUGUUCCACACCACAGGGAAAUGUGUCAAUGGAGAUGACUGCAUGUUCUCCCAUGAAGCACUUACUGAUGACACACAGGAGCUGCUGAACAAGAUGCUGGCAGAGGAUGCAGAGGCAGGAGCUGAGGAUGAAAAGGAGGUUGAGGAGCUCAAGAAACAAGGAAUCAACCCUCUCCCCAAACCUCCUCCUGGAGUUGGUCUCCUCCCCACCCCUCCUCGACCUGCUCCGGUCGAUGUCAACACAGGAUCUGGAGAUUUCACUGGGCCUGUGGCAGGUGACUUUGGAGGACAUGCAGGAUCCAGCCAGUUAUCCAUGGUGUGUAAAGGUCUGUCUGGACAAGGUUCUGCACCUGCUACCGACUUCUCUGUGGCUCCUCCUGCCCAUAACCCCGACGGAAGUCCCUACCAGGGAGCCUCCUCAAAUUCUAGUGUCCCUCCUCUACACGCAAGCCCUCCUAACUCUGGGGGUGGAGGGGGAAGUAGUGCAAACAAGAAGAUUCCAUCAUUGUUUGAAAUUAAAGUUCAGCCUACCGGACAGCUUGCUCAGAAACUGGCCGUCAGAAGCCAGCCUCCCAGUGGGAACCAGGGUCAGGCUACACCUCCUGGACCCCAAGGGGUACCCGGUGGCACAGCUGGCCAUUAUCAGGCACCCUCAGGCCACCCCAACAUGAUGCCUCCUGACGUGCAGAAUAUGGGCACCUCCUUCGGGAUGAACCAGGGUCCCCCUAACAUGGGCCUCGGGGGGCCACCGGUGAUGGGAGGCUUUGGUUCAAGUGAUGUAGCUCCUCAUGGUGGUAUGCCUCCAGGACCUCCUCCAUGUGAAGGAAACUACUUUGAUAACUACUUCAGUCAGCAGGAGGGUAUAAAGAUGGAGGGCGUGGUGCAAGAAGGUGACAGCUUCCAAGGUUUUGGCAACAUAGAUGAGGGAGGAGGAGGAGGAGGAGUGGGAAUAUUUAGUAACCAAACAGGUUGUCAAGAUGGUUCUGCAAAUGGAGUAUCAGCCAAUCAGGGAGGGGUGUCUGUGCCUGACUUCCUGCCCCCAGCACAGCGUGUCCUGUUCAUGAGGAUCCAACAGAAGCAGCAGGAGGAGGAAGAAAGAAUUCGCAGAUUGGCAGAGGGAGGCACAGAGAAAACCAGAGACACUGAAGGUGACUCAGGAAACUGGUACUCGAGUGAGGAUGAGGAUGGCGGUGGUAGUGUGACCUCCAUUUUGAAGACCCUUCGCCAGCAGACCCAGGCUCCUCCAAAGGCCGAUAGCCAUUCAAGUAACCCUCGCCUCCAGAAGAGCACCGGCCCAGCAGCUCGGCCAGCCGACCCUCGGCUAGUUCGGGACCCACGCCUGGCUCGAGCUGCGGAGCUGGCUCAUGGCACUGACCCCACAAACUCUGUGCCUGCUCCAUCAUCCUCUGGAGUGCAAGUGGACCCCAGGUUAGCACGGCUAGCUGCUGCUGCCUCAGCUGGCUCCACUUUUCAGACACACCCUGCACCUAAACCGGAGCCUCCUUUGGUGUACAAGCCCCCACCGCUUACAAACCCAGCCAUGGAAGAAGAGGAGGUGGAACGUGUUCUCCGAGACAAGCCUGUGCCAAUUCCUUUGGACCCUCUCAUGGGAAUGUCUCUGAGAGACCCACGGUCACAGCUGCAACAGUUCAGCCACAUCAAAAAGGAUAUUCUGCUCCAUGUGCCAGCUUUUGCAAAGACCAUUACCUGGUCACCAGAAGACCUCCUCCCACUCCCAAUCCCCAAGCAGAACCUCCUUCCCCUCCCACCAGGCAUUCCACCUGUGUCUUCCCUCGACCCACGUGGGUCCCACGCCCAGCAGCAGCUGCACCCCGCGUUGUCUUCCUCACAGCUGCCGACAGUCCAGCCAGGCCCUUCUGUGGACCCGUCUGCUCCUGGUUCUGCUGCCUCCCCUCUCCCGGAUUUUGAGUUGCUGUCUCGCAUCCUGAAGACUGUUAACUCUGGUCCCUCCCAGACUCCUUCCCCUCCUCUUUUACCCACCCCAUCAGCUUCUGUGUCAGCAUUGGGUUCUCCCCCAUCUGUGUCUCUCACUUCUGUAGAAAAGCCCGUCGAUCCCCGUGUGGCCCGUAAAGGCCCGAUGGACCCCCGUCUUCAGUUGCAAAAGUCAACACUGAAACAGGUGUCAGAUCCUGUGCCUCCCACCGCCUCCUCUGUGCCUCCCACAGUCUCCUCCACACCUCCUGCAACAACUUCCUCCUCCACCUCCAAUAUUGCCCCCUAUGACCCCAGGCUCUUUUCCUCUGGUGGGUCAGGGCGAAGUAUUGGGCCUGCAGCACCUGGUGGUGGUAGCGUGUUGAACAGCAUUAGUCUGUAUGACCCAAGGACAAACAAACCAGGAAGUCCUGGUGCAAGCAAUGGAACGAACAAUUCUGCUAGUUCAGCAAACACAGAGUCCAAAUCCAGCGAUCUUACACCUGGUAAAUCUAAAUCCAAGGAGCCUCUUUUUGUUCGUAAGUCUGCUUUGGACCAGCCAGAGACAGAGAAGAGCACCGAGCAAGGGACGGAUCGAUACAACAGCUAUAAUCGGCCCCGGCCCAAGCCCACGCCGUCACCCAACUCUACGGUCCAGGGAGGGAACGCUGCAGUGGGUGCAGCCCCAGCUGCAGCUCAGGGAGGUCCUAUUGCAGCCGACCAGGCGCCCCCUGGUGUCCACAAUCUGCCAGUGUCCUCUCUGUUUGGUGUGGGAAAACAGGUGACCAAGCCCAGUGGUACAAGUAGCCCAUUUGGUGGGAGCAGUCCAACACAGUCGGAUCAGAUAACCACGGACCAGGAUAAAGCCUCGCUGAAGGAUGUGUUCAAGGGCUUUGACCCCACAGCCUCGCCCUUCUGCCAGUGAGGCCCUGAUCCUUUCACUCUGCUGUGUAUACAGACAGUGACUUGUUUUAAACUUUACGAAUACUGAACACACAGAGAAAACUCACUGGAAGGAACGCUCUGCAGGACUGGCUGCAGCAGACAUUUAGGAAUCAAGUUUCACUCUCACAAAAUCUACUGUAGUUUUGUCAAACAAGUUCUAUGAAAGAGUUCAGUUUUGAAUUGUUCAGGGUGCAACCAAAACGUACGCAAAGAACAUAUUGGCUUUGUAUUUUGUCUACUGUUGUUAUUUUCUAAUUUAAUUUCAGUUCAUUGAGUUUUGUUUUGUUUUGCAGUUUCUCUCCUUAUGUUAGUCUCUUGAACACAAGAAUAUUGUUUUUGUCAUGCUAAAAAACUGUUUAAUUUGUUACAAAUUAGCCUCUGCACUACUGCUUUACACUCACUACCCCAUUAAUUCCUGUGUAACAUCUUUACGUAUAUCAAGCAAACACAAAUAUUUAAUCAUUUAGCACUCGCUCAAAAAUGACACAUACCUUAAAUCUGUAUUUUGCUUGUUUGAUUUCCCCCCAUAAUUUGCCUUUAAUCCGGAGUGUUAUUUCAGGCUGCUUUUCAAUUGUUAGCAGCUCCAUCAACUGCUUGUGCCCUUUAUCUGUUUAGGUUCGUGGCUCUUACCGUUGACCCUUUAUGCUCCUGCUCCUCUUAUUUUUCACUUAAUUUACAUUAAAUAAACUAAAACCAUGCCUGAGGGCAUAAAGAUAACAUUUUGGGGAAGGUUUGUGCAAGAUGGAGACCUUGCUGCUCAUUACCUGUCCCCCCCCCCCCCAAUAUAAAUACAACAACUUUGUAGUGACCGCUUAAAAAGUAAUUGUGCACCGCAGUCUCAUUUGAGGGCGGGCGGGGCGGGCGCUAAAGGGG